UUCAGUGUCAACAUUGUUGAUGAUUCUGGCCUUACUGUGAGUACUAGUGAUAACAACAAUAAUAAGGAUUCCAUUAAUAAUGAUGGAAAAAACAUUAUAGAGAUUCCAAUCGCAGAAUUUUCAAAGUUCAUUGUCCUUCAUACUUUUAAUGACCCAUUCCCAAUAAUCUACUAA